AUGGCCAACGUCGUCACGCAGAGCCGAAAUCUCUUCACCCGUUACGAAGGAGGUCCCAUGUGCUUCUCGCUCAUUCCGUGCGCGGAGCGGAAAGAGAUUCGAGAGAUGAUCGAGUACGGUGGUGGGAUGCUCGUGCAGCCUGGCGUCAACCCGCGAGCCAUCAGUCUGGUGCCCGCCGGCGCCACGGUAUCCGUGGGCGGCCCCGACCUCCUCUUCUCGACCGAGUUCGUCAGGGAGUGCUCCAAACGCGGCCAGCUUGUCCCGCUCAAGAACUUCGUAGUCGAAGCGCGGAGUUCCUCUCCGGAGGACGGCGUCGAGGACAUCGACGACGAAGGGGAGACCGCGCACCGGAUCAGAGGCCUGAGGUCAAUACGGGUGAGGGAAAACUUCUCCUUCGGCGAAGACAUCAGCAUCGCCAAGUUCAUGGCCGCAGAACCCGGGCCUAUACGAGGCAACGAAGUAUACAAGCGCCUGGAAAGGUCCGGCCUUGCCGGUAAGCACACCUGGCAGGCCCUCAAGGAGCGCUACCAGAAGAAAAUCUACUCGGUGAUGCACCUGUUCGAGUGUCCAGUGAUCACUGGACCGCAGAGGCUUCGCGCAAAGGCCGCUGGUGGUACGGUCGCUCGCCCCCACGACGAAAAUCGGGCAUGCCCGCCCCCAGAGCCGUGGGACGUCCCGGGCACUUCUGGCUCAGCGGUGCCAACGCCUCCCGCAGCUGCCGACGCGGAUGAACAGAGCUCACCCGCCACUUCGACUUGCAGUUCGCACGUUGUGUCAGAGACCGAUUACCUUUCCGCCGAGUCUCCGCGCCCCUUUGCCAGAUACCUUUGCGACGAGUCUCCGUGCCUGCGAGAGAGCUCCGACGAAUUUGACCAAAAACAGCCGUUCGUGCCAUCAUUCUCUGGCAGCGUCGAUGAUGUCUCGCGCGGCAAGCCUCCAGAGUCUCAAGAGGCUGCUCAUGAUCACAGCAUCGAGAUCUUUGUCUCCCGAUUCGAAGAAAGCGUUUCAACCAUGUCACCCGACACUUCUGGCUUUGAUCUCUUCGGUGACUCGGAGCCUUUUGAUGUCACUAGUUUCGAAGGACAAGCUGCAUCGAAGAGCGACUCCCUGGGAGUCCCGGAGGAGACGUCUUUCGAAACCACCCUGAACGAGACGCCAACCGACGGCUUCUCCGAACAUUCCAGCAUGUUUGCACCUUUGGCAACGGCCCCGAUGGUCUCUUCGAGUCAAGCUCUGCAUUUGCAUAGAGAAGGUGGUGGGCCCUUGCUUUCGGAGCUUUGCUCAAGCCCGGGCGACCUCGAACUCCUGCUGGGGAAACUUUCGGAGCGUGCAUCCCACGACAUGCCAGAAAGCCAAGGGGACCCUCACUUGGCGUCAUUUCCAGACUUCCCUUCCGGCACCCAAGGCCGUCGACCGACCCCGGAGCCGGCCGCAAAGUUGCUGGACGCUCAGGUCUUUGCGGGAGAAGAUUCCAGCAGCGCCAAGGAUAUCUGGGCCCGGUCCCGCGAUGUGGGACGGCGCACAGGACGGCGUGAAAGCCCUCGUCGGGCGGUCCGCCGGAGCGUCUCGCCUCCGGGGGUCGUGAUCGAGGGUUCCCCAGUGGAGUGCGAACAGCCUGGUCCCAGUGGAGCGUCGGUUCCGGACGGUGGCGCAGUGUUUUCCGGCGAAGACGGUGACUUACACAGCUCCGACAAUGUUAUCGUCCGAAAGGGAAAGACUGGCAAGUGGUCGAGAGCGGUUCUAGACGUGAGCAGCAGCAGGUACGACGUCGACGGAGCUGCAGCUUCCAGACGGCAGCAACCGUUGGACGAAGAAGUGCUUGAGCAGCACCAAAGAAACCUGCAGUUGAUGUUGGAUGCCAAAAAGAAGACGGAGCUCGAGUGGCGCAAGCAGCGCCCCCACAGGAGGUGCCCUCCGAACUGCUCGUGUCCGCAAAGUGCCCACCAUGCCCAGCUGCUGCGACUGCUCACUCGCACGCGUGCCAUUCUCGCGUUUCACGAUUCGCUCGAUGCCGACCCGGAAGCGUGUGCUCUCCUGUCGGAACUGAUCGAGCGGCGGCGGGCCAACAUUCCUGCUCCAAUUUCCACCCGUUUGGAAAGAGGGCCAACGAGUUCUCGGCGGUCCAAGAAAUAGAGG